CUGUGAUUGGUGGAAUUCGGUCAUGCCAAAGGUCACGUAUAUUUGGCGCUCUUCAUUCACAACCAGUCUGGCGCGUUUUUGAAACAGCAACAUACGUCAAGAAACAUGUAUUUUGAAUUUCUACUCAGAACAACUGGGAAAAUAUCCGUGUAACGUGUUUCACUUUGAAGUCAUAUAUCCGUGGCUGACGUGGAAAAUGUUUGGACCCCUUUUGGGACCUGAGAGGAGCGGUGCUGCUUUGAGAGUAGCAUCUAGCGAAGUCUGCUAGCUUGUUGUUUUACAGUGAAGUUUAUAUGUCUGGUGGCAACAACAGCUGUCCGACUCACACAAUGAACUUUGUCGCUGUUCAUUCAUACACACACAGCCACACGCGGGGAAGUGAAUAAGAAAAGGCAAGAAGACGGUCUCUGAAGUUGCGACAAGUCACUGGGUCAGCAUUGUCGAUCUCUUCAAAGUAUGGCUGGUGUUGUGGCUAUGGCAUCUGUCAUUGAGGACUUUGACACCCAGCCUUGCAAGAAAUCUCGCAAAGAUGGUGGCAGUUCUGUUGUCAAGACAAUCACAAACUAUUUCUCUCCUGUGCCCAAGCCUGUGGAGAAACCCUUUUCUCCUCCUCGCUCCAACAACAUCAUGGACUACUUUAGCCGGAAAGCUCCGUCCUCUAAAGAAAAGACCAGCUCACCAGAACAGCCAAAUGAGAACUGUCAGAUGUCUCAGAUUGCAGAAAAACACACCAGCCCAGAGGCAGCAGUGAAACAGCCAUCUCAGAAACGGGGUAGAAAGGGCAGCAAAGCUGCAAGGAAACUUGUGGAGGCUGAAACUGUUAGCUCCACAGAGGAAGAGAGCUGCCUGAUUGUAGAAGAACCACAUGAUAGCAGAGAAGCAAUCAGCAACUGUGGUGUUCUUGGCAGUGAUACAGCAGCCCUGUUGGUGCAGCUUAGUACUGAGGCUUGUAUCACUGUGGGAAAAUCAGAGGGGAAUGCCACUAAGACUGUCAGUGUUGAGCAGGCUGAAGAAGAUGGUUCCAAAUGUGGGGACAAUGUCAAACUUAAACCAGAUCUGAAUAGUACUGAAUUAUCUCCAAUCGUACCUUCAAAAGAUAAAGUAAAACCGGUCAAAACUGUUGCACGAAAUUCUAGGAAGAGGCAGCAACAGGAGGCAAAGCAUUUAGAACCAGAGGAGAACGAAAAAGAGAGCUCCUUGUGUGAUGUUAGUAUGGAGGUCAAUGUGAGUGAGGCCUCUCAGUUAAACAGCAGCACAGUCACUAUCUCCUUUGAGGAUUUUGUGCGGAGUCAGAGCCAGAGCAAGGGUGAAGAGGACAUAGAAGAUGAACAGGGCAAAGAAGAUGAAAGUAAAAUCACAACAGAGGCAGAAAAAAUGGACAGUGACCAGUUGGAUAUCCCAAAAACUGAAGAAAACAUAGGUUCUGUGGAGCUACCUCUCCAAGUCUCCCCCCGAACUCUCACCUUUCAGGCUGAAGUGCAUGUAGUGUCACCCAAACACGAAGCAACCAAGGCGGUGGGAAAGUUAGCUUCUAUCUUCAACAGGAGAAAAGCAGCGAUGAGUCCUGCAGAGGUUGUAUCGUCUCCUCACAUAGAGGCUGGACUCCAAGUUCCUUCCACCUCUCUGACUGUCAAGCGGAAAUCCAAUGUGGUUCUUCAAGAGGAAGAUCUAGAGCUGGCUGUACUUGAGAGUGAAUCCACGCCCAAGUGCAGUGAGGCAGAGAGGAAGCAGUUCAUGGCUGCCUUUAAACAGCCCAGUCUGGAUGCAUCCAAAACCAAGCCUGGUAAGAGCCAGGGCAAACAGAAGCAUCCUGGAGAGAAGGUUUUGGAUGAUGCAGACAAAGAGGCUGAAGAGGACGCUGUAAUUCCACUCUCCAUUGAGCAAGUCCCUGCUGCCUCUCAGGGAAAAAAAUUAGCUAAAAAGAAACCAGCAAGAAAAGACAGAAAGAAAGCUAAAGAAGAAAAGGAGGCAGUCACCACCACUCCAGCUCCUGCCAAAGAAACAGUGGCCACGAUUGUUGAGGUUGAUGAUAAAAGAGAGGAGCCUCCCAUCACCUCAACUCCUUCCGUCCCAGCGGUGAGGAGGUCCAGAAGAGAGGCUGUAGUCAGGCAAGCACUUGAGGCCACCCCAACAACUCCUAUCAGAAAAACCAGGAGACACAACAAGGAUGCUGCUGUUGCUAAUGACAGCCCCGCAAAGAUGUCAACCCCAAAAAUACGCAAGUCCAAACACGGACUCUUCGUAGCAGAGAUGGUGUGCCCACCUGACACGAAAGAAAGUCCAAUCAGGAUUAGAUUUACUAGACUCCAUAGAAAUGUUUCCAUGACCGAGGCUGAAAGUGGAAGUGGCAUAAACACUUCUUUGGCUACUAAAACAGCAAAUGAGUCUAAAAAAAGGAAGCAGGCAAAGAAGUUGGUGAAGAAAGCCAGAGUGAUUCAACGGAGUAAAAAAACUGCUGUCAAGGAGAAGGGCACCUUAAGGCGUUCCUCACGAACUGAGACCUCCACCAAGAAGAGCUACUGUGAGGAUGAGGAUUCUGUCAUCUGCCUGGAGGAAGACCAGACUGUCGCUCCUCAGACGGCACCAGAAAAGAGUAAAACCCAGAAGCCUUUACGCAGUCUAAUUGAUGUUCUGGGAAAACCCACACCUGUUGGCAAAGAGACCAAGGCUGCCCCAGGCUCCAAAGUGGCCUUGCUGGGCCAAGAGAAGACUGCUCGGAAGGGGUUGGCGGUGAUUUCCAUCUUUGAUGAGAGCAGCCGUGAGGGCUCUGAAAACUCCCAGGAUGAUGAGCAGUUCAGGGCACGCAAAGAGUUCUUGAAGAGUGGCCUCCCUGAGUCCUUCAGGAAACAGAUAGCCAAGACCGCUGCCUCCAAGGAGGCCUACUCUCUCUCCUGUUGCUCCUUUCAACCAGUAAUACAUGUGAAGCAACCACCAAGCGAUUGCCCUCUUUGGAGUCUACUAUGGCCUGAGUCUUUGUUACUGAGUCAUCUGAAAGAACAAUGGUGCCAAACAUCUAACCCAUGUCCGUCUGUUAGUGGCUCCCUUUGUGUGAAGACAGAACCGGCGCGUAGAGCCUUUUGUGAACGGGGUUCUGGCUGGAGACCUGAGAUCUCUGAAAGUGUUCGUCGGCUUUUAAUGGAGGAGGUCAGCACUUCUAACCCUCCCUUCCCUGUUCAGAUGUUCAUCACUCGCUUCCUGAAGAGACGCACUGACCACCAGCAGCAGUGCACAGCCUCAGAACCAGAGGCUGUAACCAGAGUCACAAGCACCACACUGCCAGCUGAACCAGUAGGAGGGAAGAGAAAGAGGAUGGAUGAUGAAGGGGAAAUGACAGUGAAGGUGACUAAGAAGCAACGGGCCAACUCUUCAGAAGAGAAAAUUUCCACAUCUGAGCCUGAGCAAAUGAAAAGGGGAGGCCGUACGAGACGAGCUCAGAGAUCCAGGACAGAGGAGGGGGCGAAUGAAAAAGCCAAGCCUUCAGUCAAAACUGAAGAUGACUCUGUGGCUGUGCUUAAUGACUUGCUUUUGGGAGAGGACCCUGGAAAAAAAGUCUUGUCUACAGAUGUGGUGAAGGAGGACAUGUUAUGGACAGACAAAUAUCAGCCCCAGCACUCCAGCGACAUCAUUGGCAACACUGCUUCAGUGAAGAGGCUGCACAGCUGGCUAAAGGAAUGGAAACUCCGUGCAGACCGAGAAGAGAGAAAAAAGCAGAAAGACAAGAAACAAGAGGAAGGCAGUAAUGACGCAGACUGGGACUGCAGAGAAGACGAUUCCCAGGAUGGAGAGGACAUGUUGUGUAAUACAGUGCUCAUCACAGGACCCACUGGAGUUGGAAAGACUGCUGCAGUCUAUGCUUGUGCCCAGGAGCUGGGCUUCAAGGUAUUUGAGGUAAAUGCUUCAUCUCAGCGGAGUGGUCGUCUAAUUCUGUCCCAGCUGAAGGAAGCCACUCAGUCACACCAGGUGGACAGUCAGGGGGUCAACGCCCACAAACCCACCUACUUCAACAGUUACAGCACAAGCAGCAGCGCUGGCACUGUCAGGCCUGGAUCCUCUCCCAAAAAGGUUAACUCUCCCCGUAGGGUGGUUUCCUCUCCUAGGAAACAUCCCCAGUCCCCAAGAGGUGCUAAAAGAGGAGGCCUGGCUCCCACCUCUUUAACUAACUUCUUCAAAAUGGGUCGACCCACCCACAAGGAGACACCUAACACUAAGAAGAAUGAACAAACAGCUGCUUCCAAGAAAGUCAUAAAAGCAAACGUGUGUGCCAAUAAGCAGAAAGACCCUGCAGUCAAAUCACCAACAGCUACCACCCCUAAAGAGAAAAACAAUGAAGAGCAGAACAAAAAGACUGCCAUCUCGCUUAUUCUGUUUGAAGAAGUGGAUGUUAUUUUUGAUGAUGACUCAGGGUUUCUAGCUGCCAUCAAGACAUUUAUGACCACUACCAAGAGGCCAGUAAUUCUCACUACCAGCGAUCCUGCUUUCAGCACCAUGUUUGAUGGCAACUUUGAAGAGAUCCUUUUCAAAACGCCCUCCUUGUUGGAUGUGGGCAGCUUCCUCCGGCUGUUGUGUCUGACAGAGGACAUGAGGACAGACCUAUGGGACAUCAGCUCGCUGCUCAGACUCACUGGCUGUGACAUCAGGCAGAGUUUACUGCAGCUGCAGUUCUGGACUCGCAGUGCAGGAGGUCGCAAAGUAACCAGGCCAUUGUCGCACAUUGGCAAAAAUGCUGAACAUAAGCCAGAUGAAGAGGCAGCAGGCAUGUCUGAGUGUGCAGUGACUGUCCCAUCCACUCUCCCUCCCUGUGACAGUGGCUGCACUGAGAGCAUGCUGGGCCUGCUGAACAUUGAACCUGGGAGAGACAUUUGGGAGCUGCUCAGGAGCCAGAAUCCGGUGUUAUGCUGGGAGCUGCUGACAAACAGCAGGCGACGAGGAGUAGACCUGCUCUAUUCCAACAUGGAGACACUCUUACCUCUACCACUCACACAGCUGACUACCUCUAUCUACAAACUGGAGCAAUCUGUUUCUGUAUCACAAGACCAUCCUUCUGUUAAUCCAGAAGAGCUGCUGUCCACCUUCCCGCAGUUUGACACGCUGGCAUCCCAUGCCAGGGUAUUGCACACGGCAGAGUCGGCGGAUUGCUCGGACGAUGGCAGUCCAGUUAAAAUGUCAAACAGAAUGAGGAAGAACAAGAGGCGGCACUGUCUACCUGACCAGGAUGGACCGCACUCUGACUCGGACUCAGAGGACGGUUUUCCAUCUCUCUGCAGGCCGCAGGCCGCUCCUCAGUUUAGGGAGGAAGUCAAAGAGAGUUUAUUUUCAGAGACAGUGAAGAGGAAGCCACUGACUCCUGAGGAGCGGGUAAAAAGUCUCCCAGUUUCCCAGUGUCUAGUAUCAAUAGCUGACUUUUUCGACAACAUGUCCUACAUGGACUCCUCCUUGCUUGGUCAUCCAGUAGGGGGUGACAAUCACAGAAGAAUGUCACCAGUGGGUGCAGUGGUGAAAGAUGGGAUGACAGAUGAGUCGAGGGUUGAAACUGGCAGAGGGAGUUGGGUGAGAGAAGAGCUCGUCUUGGAGAUCCCGGCUGCUGUGGAGGCUCUGAGCUUCCGCAAGUGUCGGGUUUCAGUAGCAGAGGCCUGGGACAAAGCCCAACAACUAGAAGGGGAGCUGGGAAAGGAGACCACAGCAGAACUCACCCUCCCUGUGGCCGCUCAUCAUGAAGGUUACAGCUUCACUCAGGACAGCCCUCACCCACAGCUGGUCCAGCGGAGGACAGAAGUGAUGGAGAGUCUGAUGUUCAAUGGAGUGUUUGGCACUCUGGGCAACAGACCAGCAGCUGCUCUGGACUACUUGCCAGCCCUGCGCACCAUCUGCAGAUCAGAGCAGCUUAAGGAGCAGGGCAAGGUUAAACGAAGGUUCCUGCACUACCUAGAUGCGAUCCAUCUGGGUCUUGGAAAGAGCACUCUACAGCACCUCGCUGAAGACUUCCCCUAAACCAGAGAGGAGAUCAGACGUGUCCUCAUGAUCACAUAGAGGCCUUAAACAAAUAUUGCCCUUUUAAGGUCCACAGGUUUUGGUUAUUAAAUUGGAAGGAGGAACACAUUUACAGGUUUUGUUGUGGCACAAGGAUGAAUAGUGGGGCAACAACAUAAAUCUUUAUGGUCCUGACCUCAGCAUGAGAUGAGGUGGCUAAUCAGUCAGUGGUGUGUGCACAAAAGACUCUGGUGAAGCUUCCACAUAUUUCUUCUAAGAUGGAAAUGACUGAAUCACUGAAUACAGAAAAGGUAUUCGCACUUGAAGAGCGCACUGCUAAAUAACCUCUAAUGUUGUCUGAUUCAGCACAGCUUUUGGUGCUUUCAAAGAAUGCACUAAAGAUUGCUACUUUAUAUGAUUUUUGUAAUAAGCUGUGCUGGAGUGUGUUUUUUUUUUUUUGUACAGUAGUGUUUUAUACCUCGAAGCCUCAUUUAUCAAUUUGCUUUGCAUUUUGCAAAGUAUUUUUAAAAAGUAGAAACUGCUUUUGAAGGAGCAAGUAUGUAUCAUUAAUGAUUUGUAAGAGAUUAACAUGUAAAAUAGAAGUUGCUUGUGUAUUUGUAAAGGCUGUGUGUCAUUCUCCACUCAAAGUACUGUAGAUGCAUUUCUGUUCAAAUUCAUAAAAGGUAGAAAGCUUCUGACAGAAAGUGCUGCUGUAUUUGUCAGCCCUAAAUGUCACCUUCACAAUCAUCACAUGUGAUUUUAUUUUUUUUAAAUGUCAUGGGGGGGGGUUCAGCCUUAAACAUGUACACUUUAUUCACAGUGGGUUUAGUUGUGACCAAAUAAAGGUUUAUCACAACCAAAUAAAUAAAUUGUCUCACCA